AGCCCUCCCGCAUUAUCACGCGGAAAUAAUUCUCCUCUUGCCCAUUGACUCCCAGUAUCGGCCAAAAAAAUAUCCCACUGAAAAGAAAAUAAAUAACACUCACCAAUCGUGUGGUCGAAGGUGUAUGUGUGGACUCCUGGUGCCAUAUGUACAGCAGAAAUAAUCAGCGAUAUGUGGAUAAAACCACAGGAGGUCCUCCUCGCAAAUGCAUUCUGGGUAACGGAGGCAGCCACUGUCUACUUCGUUCUCCAGCGGCGGAAGGGCCAUGGUAAGACAAAGGGCCUGUCUUCGAUCCUCGUUGGGACCUUAGACAGCGUCUUUGAUACCAAACCUCCGCCGUUUAGAAUUCUGCAUCAAACUCCAUCGUCAGAGGUUUAUUGGGUAGUGGCAUGUUCUCUCACUUACGAGGAGAUCCUCCAGGACUGGGAGUGGCUCCAAUCCAACUUGAUGGACACCCUGAAGUCCUUCGACACAGAGGACGAGAUAACCGAAUUCGUAUGUUGUAAAAUUCAAUCAAUAAUCGCGAACAAUGUCCCCGACUGUCAAUUCGCGGAGGAAGAGGAUCCGGAGUCCUUCAAAACCGCGUCCUUUACGUUUCACCAGCUAUUCGGUCUCCCCAGUGACGACAAACUCGUCAACUACUACUCAUGUAGCUACUGGAAGGGCCGUUUGCCCCGUCAGGGUUGGUUGUACCUGUCCGUCAACCACAUGUGCUUUUACGCGUACAUCCUCACGAAGGAAACAAAGUUGAUAAUCCGUUGGGCGGAUAUCAUUGAGCUAGGGAAGACCAAUUCCCUUCUCUUUCCGGACAGCAUUCGCGUCGCGACUCGCGAUAACAAGGAGCACUACUUCAGCAUGUUCCUCCGUAAGUCUGAGACUUACUCACUGAUGGAACAGCUGACGAACAUCGCGAUGAAGCGGCUCAUCGACGAGAAGAGUGGCUUCAAUGAGGAUCGCGACCUCCUGCACAAGCUAUCCAAAAACGUCUCGAAGAAGAAACCCUUUCUCAAACGCGAUCUAGACGCGCGUGCGCAUUCUGAGGCUUAUCGUCUUCAGUUUCGGCUGCCGGUUACCGAGAAGCUCGACGGUUGCAUAGACGCCACCCUCUGGACACCGUACGACAAGCAUGACGUCUGGGGGAAGAUCUUUCUCUCCCAGAACUAUCUGUGCUUCGAGUCCCGCGUCCGCCAGCUGGUGAGCCUGGUCAUUCCUCUGCGGGAGGUCCAGCUGGUCGAAGCCGCGGAUCAGUCCCCGAUGUCCUCGAACACCACUGACAAGUCCAUAAUUGUAACGACCCCGCGGUCCUUCUUCCUCUUCGCACAAAUCCAAGACCGCGACUUCGUUGUCCAAAAGAUAUCUGAGCUCCUCGCCAAGACUAGAUUGAACUCGCCGUCUGCUGGUGCUGCUCCUCCGGCGACGAAAUCCUGGGCCCCCCAGCCCCCCCUCAUGACCCUUUUCAAGGCCCCGUUGAGCCCCGAAGCAUCCAUAAAGCAGGAAGCCAAAGAGAAACAGUGGGAGAUUCACUUUACGGAAUUUGGUCGCGGGAUCACCAUCUACAGGACGACGGAAACCGCCAAGUUGGUGAUUCAGGGGGUUCCGCAGACCCUCAGGGGGGAGGUAUGGCUGACCUUCUCCGGGGCGAUCAACGAGAUGGCGAUGAAUCCCGGUCUCUACAAGUCCCUAGUAGAUCAGUCCAUAGGAAGAGCUUGCCAAGCUAACGAGGAGAUCGAGAGGGACCUUCACAGGUCGUUACCCGAGCACCCGGCGUUCCAAUCGGACACCGGAAUCAGUGCCCUCCGAAGGGUCCUCUCAGCUUACGCCUGCAGAAACCCCCAGAUCGGUUACUGUCAAGCCAUGAACAUCGUCGCCUCGGUCCUUUUGAUCUACUGCUCAGAGGAGUCGGCUUUCUGGCAACUCUGCAACGUCUGCGAGUCCCUCUUACCUGAUUACUACGAUCGAAGGGUGGUCGGGGCACUCGUGGACCAAGGCCUCCUGGAGGAGCUCGCCGCGGAACACCUACCCACACUCCACGCGAAGCUUCAGGAACUCGGUUUGAUCCGAGUAAUCUCCUUGUCCUGGUUCCUCACAAUCUUCCUCAGUGUUAUGCCCACGGGCAGCGCCGUCAACAUCAUGGACUGCUUCUUCUACGACGGGGCCAAGGUUAUCUUCCAGAUCGCGUUGACGGUGCUUGAGUGGAAUCAGGAGAAGCUUCUCAACUGUCGCGAUGACGGCGAAGCCAUGCAGAUCCUGACGGACUACCUCGGAGGGGUCUUCAACGACGAGGGACCGGUCCUGCCGAGGCCCGUGGACUCGGCGAUUCCCCCAAGAAGCAUCUCCGUUCAGACUCUGAUCUACGAGGCCUACUCCAGGUACGGAACCCUGACGAUCGGGCGGAUCGAACGACUGAGGUUGAAGCAUCGGUUACGGGUGGUGCAGCAUUUGGAAGAGGGGAUCGAGAAGAACGUCAUCAGGAGUGUGAUUGUUGACAAAUAUAUGACGGCAGAUGAGCUCCAGGAGCUGCUCAGUCUCGUCCGCGAGGAGCUCAUGAGCCAACGGAAGUCGGAGCCUGAUCGCUAUGAUCCGACCCAACCACCUUACGAGGCAUAUCGAGUGGACUUUGAACUCUUCAGGAUUCUCUUCGGGGGACUGUCGCCCUGGGGCAAGUGCUCCCAGGCUGAGUCCCUCGCGGCGAGGCUCUUCCGGCUCAUGGACCGGAAUCGCGACGGCUACCUGAACUUUCGGGAGGUGGUGCAAGCGAUCGGCAUCACCUCGACGGCGGACGCGGCGCAGAGACUCAAGCUGUUGUAUACUCUUCACCUGCCGCCAUUGCUGUCACCAGCGGACAUCGACUCGCCGACGCAUUCCGACGGGGCAGAGGUCGCUGCGGAGGCCACUGACUUCUUUGAUACCAUGGAGCAGAGCUUCGGAUCCCUGGACCUGUCGGUCAGUGCUGCUGAGGAACCAGAUGGCAACCUGAGUAGAUCAGCUAGUGUGAAUUCCCAGAAGGAGGAGAGCUGGGAGGUUCAGAGCAUGGGCAGUCUCAGGUCCAUGCUGGACUCCAAGGACAGCCCGCUGGAGAUGAAGAAUGUGCCGAAAAUGAGUCAGAGGCACUUUAUAGCGCUGUGGAAAACACUCUAUGACAUGUUUCCAACUCAGCCGGAGGAGCAGGAGAUUUAUCACUCUAUCGCAUCGAUAGGUACAUUAUUGCUGCAACUUGGAGACGUGGGAAAGAAAUUCUAUGGCGAGAGGGAGGAGUCAGAGGACAGUCUGCUCAUAGCAGCCUCAAAAGUUCAGACCGGGUCUCAAAUUCAGAGAUCACCCGAUCGCAAUGGAAACCCUUCGACAUCUUCAUCAGCUGAUCCCGACUGGGCAAUUUCAGUUGAGCAGUUUUUAGCGUCCGCCCUCAAUGGUGCACCCAUCACCGAUUUUUUCAGCAAAAGGGCCAAUCUCCUCGAGGCCAUUGCGACACUGAGAAAUAGGCGAUUCAAUCGUGUGCACUCGUUGGCAGAUACGCCAGUACUUAAAGUGUGACACAGGCCCAUUAUCGAUGUUUAAUUGCAUCAUUUAUCGAGGGUAAACAGACUAUUCGAGUAAUUAAUAAUAAAUAAUAUCAACAGCAUAAUGAGAAGAGAAUAGUAAUAAUCAUGGGAAUGCCAAUCGUUGAAUGUUAAUUAGUAAUUAGGUAAUUAAUCAGUGAUUGAUUAAUCAUUAAUUAAUUAUUUACCAAUU